AUGGAUCUGGGUGAUGCAGUUUCUUAUGUAAAACGGCUGAAUAUACCCAGUGGUGUGGUAGGUGCGUGUCGUCUUGAUAUAGCAUAUGAACAUUUCAAGGAAAAACCUGAUUUAUUUCAGUUCAUUCCAAAUGAGAAACAGGUCAAGGAAGCGGACAAACUUCUGAAGACCAUGUUUCUUGGUGAUGGGAGAAAAAAAGUGAACGGAGUUCCUGUUUUUAGUGCUCAAAAUUUGGAUAUUGCCAUAGUGACAGAAGAUGCUAUAAAGUGGUAUACUCCGUACUUCUUUGACAAAAACGUGCUAGAUAACAUUCUUGAAGAAUCUGUUGAUCAGCAUUUCCAUGUGUUAACUCAAACACGACAUUUACAACGUCGCCAGGAUAUUCUUGGGGACAACCUCUCUGACGAAGCAGUUGAAGAGAUGGCAGAAACCUUGUUAGAGCCGUCAGAGGUUCAGGAAAUGAUGGAUGAGAUUGGUAAUCCUGAUGGCUACGGACAGCCAUUGGAGUUCAACCCAAAUUCCCUUACGUGGUCGAUUCAUUUGAAAAAAAAGAUUGCAGCUUCUUUCUUGAGAGCUAACAUGUCGUCCAGCUUCAUUGCUGACUCAGGGUUCAGGGAUGAUGUCAAUCAGAGUCGUGGAAUUUCCGAGGUGGAAAGAAAGGAUAACUUUUGUGAUAAACAAGGAUGGAUGCUGGAUUUCAGAUUUCCUUUAGGGGGAUUAGUCAGGUCGUCCUUGGUUAAAACAACAGCAAAGAAAGGUCAAUUCUACCAGUGA